AAGGACAYCCUAAGAGAUUGCAGAAAAUGCAGAUUUCCAGAAACUCCACUUUGGCACCCUAAAAGAUUUCCAGUCAUGAAUGUUUAUCCCUAAGAGGACUAASAGAUCCGAMAAGCAUCCCCGRUACUUUAACCCGAAUCCCCCCUCUUCCCYGGGUAAAUAACAAGACUUGUAAUUGGCUAAGGCCAGAGUUAAAAGARCAAAGACAAMAGAACCUAUUGUUCUGGGAAGUCUUUCGCAAUAACUGUAUGCCAGACUUCAGGCUACAAGCAAUUUGAGAAGCAACGCAGGUCGUUUUUUCCAACAGCGAGGAACGAACCUUGUUUCACAGGAAAAAAAGCUUAAAUAAGGUGUAAAAGGUUUGUGAACGAAGUACACCUGAGUUUAAGUCUUUUAAACAAAAUUUCAGAUCUUGCUUUUAGAAUCAUUACAACACCCAUGCACUUCUUCUUCGCAGCAAACUCGUGAUGUAAGAUGAUAAUUUAAGCCAAUCAAAAAUCUGGAAUCGCUCAAGUUUGCAUGAACGAAUCAUUUUGCUGUGAGAAAUGUUGGCAUACAGUCAGCAUAGCCAUAAGAUCGAGAGCGCAGGUGAUUGGCAACGUAUCUCUCGCCAUCGUUCCCAAGGAUCAAGAGCUUUGAAAAGUGGAAAAAAUGCAAGAAUAAUAUGAACCUAUAUAUCUCAAGUAUUUUUUUGUUGUAUUUUGUAGCAGGUGCAGCUUUUGCUCAGUCUGCCCGCAACACAGAGAGUCGGUUAAAGCAGYACAUUCUAAAAGACUACGAUCCCAGCAUACGCCCAGUGGAUAAUGUAUCACAAGUUGUUGAUGUUAAAGUUGGUAUAAAUCUACAGCAGAUCAUUGCAGUGGUACGUAGCGAUGAUUUCCACCACGAAAUGUUGACGCUGUUGGUAUGGAUGAGGAAGUUUUGGAAGGACAGAUUGAUAAACUGGAAGCCUGAGGACUUUGAUGGUUUGAAGUCAAUUGUACUAAGUCAUCAACAGCUAUGGGUUCCCGACAUUACACUAUACAACAGUGUAUUGCAAAAGCCUGGAGAUAUAAAACUAAAGAUGCUUGACUAUUUUAUAGUCAGUCAUACUGGCGACAUCUCAUGGACUUCUCCCAUUAUCAUUUCAUCAAAAUGCAAUAUGGAUGUCCAUUCGUUUCCAUUUGACAAGCAGAAGUGCCAUCUCGAGUUUGCGUCUUGGGUAUACGGCGGUGACAAGAUCAACAUUCAACUGCAACGCCCUUAUGUGGACAACGAAAGUUACUCACAAAAUGAGGAAUGGACAUUUUACGAUAGUAAAACAGAGCGAAAGGUAAAGAAAUACAAUUGCUGCCCGGAACCUUGGCCAAGUGCUGUGUUUACACUGUUCAUGAAGCGACGUCCAAACUUUUUCAUACUCAAUCUGGUUCUCCCGUGUGGACUAAUUACGGCUCUUUCUGUAUUUUCGUUUAUUUUGCCACCCAGSUCAGGUGAAAGAGUUUCCUUUAUAAUGACCGUAUUAGUAGCUUAUUCAGUGUACAUGAUGAUAGUAUCAGAGGAGAUGCCACAUGCUUCUGGAACCCCRUUGGCUUCAAAGUUUUUUGCAGUCAUCAUGGUCCAGCAAGCCAUUUCUCUCGCAGCAACGUGCUUCAUCAUAAGAUUUCACAACAACGACACGCCAGUGCCCAAAUGGAUWGCUGUUUUGGUGAACAAAUGGCUGGCACGCUUACUUUGGAUGAGAGCCGAGAAGGGAUCCAUUUCCCCUAAGACCGRACAUGAUGACCUCAUUAUAGAAAGAUCGUCCCACAUAAAUAGAGAUUUCAAAAAUGAAGACAGUGAAAUWGUAAAAAGCAAGGUCAAUGAUGGAUCCAMACUGAAGAAUGACAAUGUCGUUUUACAAGCAGCYAAAGAGAACUGCGCACUUCAAAAAGAGCUCGAGGAAGUGAACAAAGAGGCAAAAGUCAUUGCCAAUCACUUUCGCGACUUCAAAGAAAAAGAAAUACUUCAAAAUGAGUGGAUUUUCGCAACGCAAGUCUUGGACAGGUUUUUUAUUAUCCUUUUAGGAGUGAGCGUUUUCAUUUUGAUGCUGAUAAUUUUACUCUACAACUAUGAACUUUUAGGGUAGUUUCAGUUUGUCAUUUUCCAUCUCAUAGCAAAGUUUCCAAUCACCUUCUAAGCACUACAGGAGAAAAUACAUCAAAUACAAAUUAAUGUCACUACGGGGACAGCACAAUAKAUUUUUUAACAGUUAAUCCAGGAUAAGCGCUGAUYAGGACWMGUGAUUCCGUAUCARAAUUUGAUAUGAAUUGCCAUCAAGUGUGAAGAUGGAAUCAAGACUUGAAAAUCYAACGAUAUUCUUSAGKUCCUCUCSUCAGGGCCCCWCACUAUACAACAUGAGAACCCUGUGAUGGACUGCAGUAUUUAUGCUAGACUUUUGGAAGCUUYUUCUUGUCCAGUUCUUCACAUCACCGGCAGUAAGUUAGACUGAGAUGAUAUGCCUUAAUUAUUUACUGCUCUCUGAUAUGAUCYGUUUUCGAAUACGCGGGCCAAAGCUAUCAGCAAUYUUUGAACUUAAGGAGAGGAACACUGACGAGGCCGCUAACUUUUGUMCUGCUCUCAGGAACAGAGGCUCGUUWCUCAUGGCUGUGCACAACGGAAUGUAGGUAAAAUUGUAAAUAUUUUGCAAGGGCACCGGCACUAAAAAUAUUCAACAACUAUGUCUUACUUUUAGAUUUCAAUGAAUAGUAAAUAAUCAGGUUGACUUAUUUAUGUACUAUUCUUGCAACCACUGUAUUUGAGCUURUUCUGCAAUAAAGGUAUCUGGAGAACACCUCCAUUUUAAA